GUGGGCACGAUGUGGGCUGGUAACGUCCUGCGCGCUGCCUUCUCCGGCGCCCCCCGCGGCUGCCGCGCGCAGUCAGCGCUGACCCAGCUGCGAUGUGUUCUAGAGGCGGAGUUGGAAGGAAUCCGCGGGGCCGGUACAUGGAAAAGCGAGCGAGUCAUCACGUCCAGGCAGGGACCACAUAUCCAUGUGGACGGCGUCUCCGGAGGAAUCCUGAAUUUCUGUGCCAACAACUACCUGGGCCUGAGCAGCCACCCCGAGGUAAUCCAGGCAGGCCUGCAAGCCCUGAAGGAAUUUGGAGCUGGCCUUAGCUCUGUGCGCUUCAUCUGUGGGACCCAGAGCAUCCACAAGAAUCUGGAAGCCAAGAUCGCUGACUUCCAUCAGCGGGAGGAUGCUAUCCUCUAUCCCAGCUGUUUUGAUGCCAAUGCUGGCCUCUUUGAGGCCCUGCUAAGCCCAGAGGACGCAGUCCUAUCUGAUGAGCUGAACCAUGCCUCCAUCAUCGACGGAAUCCGUCUGUGCAAGGCCCACAAAUACCGCUACCGCCACCUGGACAUGGCUGACCUAGAGACCAAACUGCAAGAGGCCCAGAAGCAUCGGUUGCGCCUGGUGGCUACUGACGGGGCCUUCUCCAUGGACGGUGACAUCGCGCCCCUGCGGGAGAUCUGCCAGCUUGCCUCUCAAUAUGGCGCCCUGGUCUUUGUGGACGAAUGCCACGCCACUGGUUUCCUAGGACCCACAGGACGAGGCACGGAUGAGUUGCUGGGUGUGAGGGACCAAGUCACCAUCAUCAACUCCACACUGGGGAAGGCACUGGGAGGAGCGUCAGGGGGCUACACAACAGGACCUGGGUCUCUGGUGGCCCUGCUACGGCAGCGUGCCCGGCCCUACCUCUUCUCCAACAGUCUGCCGCCUGCUGUCGUUGGUUGUGCCUCCAAGGCCCUGGAUCUGCUCAUGGAGAACAAUGCCAUCGUUCAGUCUAUGGCAGCUAAGACCCACCGGUUCCGAAGUAAGAUGGAGGCUGCUGGCUUUACCAUCUCGGGAACCAAUCACCCCAUCUGCCCUGUGAUGUUGGGUGACGCUCGGCUGGCUUCUAGCAUGGCAGAUGACAUGCUAAAAAGAGGCAUCUUCGUCAUCGGGUUCAGCUACCCUGUGGUUCCCAAAGGCAAGGCCCGCAUCCGGGUCCAGAUCUCAGCCGUGCACAGCGAGGAAGACAUCGACCACUGCGUGCAGGCCUUUGUGGAGGUGGGGCGGUUGCAUGGGGUGCUGCCCUGAGCCCAGGG